CUCAACAAACUGGUUCUUAAACCUCAAAAUUGAAGAAAUAGAAGAAGAAAUUAAAUCUGCUGUCAAAAAUUUUGAUUAUGAAGAUUAUAUUGUUGAAAAUUUUUUGAUGACAGCUAAUAUUCAUAUUUUACAUCCGUCGAACCCAGUUCGUGCACAACUCAUUGAUUCUCAGUUUUUCAGAGACGGAUAUCCAGCAUAUCGAAAUGCUGAACUUAUUAUUGAAGUUUCACAACUUAUAAACAAUAAAUAUUGUCAAAUAUACAGGACUAGCGCUAUACAAUGUGCCGAAGAAUUAACAAAAAUAAAACUAGAUAAGACAUCUUUGAGUGAGAUAUGUUUGUCCGAGUAUUACAACUUAACUGAUAAAACUGCGUGCAUUGGAAAGAAUUUAAUGUAUCGUAGCCUUGACGGUACUUGUAACAACUUAAAACGUUCCACAUUGGGAAAGUCAACCACAGCUUAUAAACGUUUGCUACCUCCCGUCUACUUAGAUGGUGUUAACACGGUUAGAACUAUAGAUCUACCAAAACCUAGAUAUCUCAGUAAUGCACUUGCCACAAAAGACCACGCUCCUGACCCCAUAAAAACUAUGGCGAUGGCGUACUGGGCGAUUUUUAUAGGCCACGAUCUAUCACACACGGCUAUGUCCAACAUGAGGAAAUCUAAAAAAUUGGUGAAUUGUUGUCAUGAUAGAAACGGAACAGAUCUACCUUCUUCACUGAGACACAAAUUGUGUAUGCCAAUAGAGAUGAGUAGUGAAGAUUAUUUUUUUAUUCCACUACGUUCAAGAAUAACUUGCAUGAACUAUGUGCGUUCAGUACCAGCAAUGCCACCAAAAUGUACAUUUGGACCCAGGGAACAAAUGAACCAAGCUACUCAUUAUUUAGAUGGGUCAAUGAUUUACGGUUCUACAGAACAACAAAUGUGGUCGUUGAGGACCAAGUUGAACGGUCAACUGUUGACAAACAUAUUAAGUAAAAGUCAAGGCGAAUUGCCACUGUUCUGGUAUAUGCCACUGGAAAGUGAUCCAAACGCUUGCCAGUAUGGUGAAGGCUCGUGCUACAGGGCAGGUGAUACCCGUGCAAACGGAUUUCCCCAACUGACCGUUAUGCACACACUGUGGGUGAGAGAACACAACCGGUUGGCCAAACAGCUGGCCCACAUUAACCCACACUGGGGCGACGAACGCAUUUUCCAGGAAGCCAGGAAAAUCGUAACAGGAUCCAUACAGCACAUCACGUAUGCUGAAUGGCUGCCGGCUCUGCUCGGUGAAAAUUAUACCAGGCAAAACCAGUUGGAACUAUUGACAGAAGGGUAUAGCAACGCGUACAACGAGACUAUAGAUCCGACCGUCAGCAAUAGUUUUGCAACUGCGAUCCUACCCUUCAGCAAUUCCAUGAUCAGUGAUAAAAUCAAUUUAUACUCGGAAGAACGAGAAAAGAAUGGGGAUCUUGAUCUAAAUAAUCAUUACAAUCAACCGAWUAAUUUAAUGGUGCAUUAUUUGGAUUUACUUGUAAGAGGACUAUCUACCCAGAAUACAAUUAAAGUCCAUAUGGGAUUUUCAACACAGUUAACCAAUUACUUAUACAUGCACCGUCCAAAAUCAGAUCCUUAUUAUUUUUCUGGAUUUGACAUAUUCAGCUUGGAUAUACAACGGARCCGUGAUCACGGUAUUCCUAGCUACACASAAUUUAGAAAAUAUUGUGGAUUAAAAGACAUAAAAAAUGAAGAAGAUUUGUUGGAGAUCAUGAAUCCAAUUAAUUUGACCGAAAAAUUGAAGCAGUACUCAAGUUGGAACGAUAUAGAUUUAUUGGUUGGAGUAUUGUUGGAGAAACAUGCUGAUGAUGCAAUGGUUGGCCCUACGAUGAGGUGUAUCAUCAAAGAACAGUUUGUAAGAACUAGAAUUGCAGAUAGAUAUUUCUAUGAUCUACCCAAAGUAUUCAACAGAUAUCAACUGGCGGAAAUCAGAAAAGUGUCGCUUGCCAGAAUCUUUUGUGAUAACAGUGAUAAUAUCACAAUGAUGCAGAAACGAGUAUUUUAUAAACCUACAACUCCUGAUUUGCAGCGUUGUAAUUCUCAAUCCAUUCCAAAUAUCAAUCUCAAUCAUUGGAUUGAGAAGGUCGAUACUGUUCAAAAAUAA